AUGGCAUCGCCAUUGGUCCACUUCGAGUCAAAACAGCAGCUGGCGCAGAAGGAGGUGAUGUGGAAAGAGGCCCCUCUGCUCUUGGCGUGGGUUGCAUUUACAGCAGCAGUCACCGACGAAACCAACUCCUGAAACAGUUCUGGCGUCAUGGAAGAGAUGGGACUUGUCGCAUUGCCACCAGCCGCCGGUGGAUAAACAGUCGCUGGCAAUUGUACGUGGGAGAUUGGACGUUUGCAAUUCUUCCUGCGGUGCCGUGAGAGUUGACGGUGGUACGACAGUUGUGAGUGGAUCAGCAUUAAGAGUGGCUGCCGUGUUGCUUCUGGCCGACGAACAAGAACUACGUCGAGGACGCGGACCGCUAGCUGGGCCAUUGGCUGGUCGCUUACGUGAUUGCCUUUUUGUGGGUGGCAUACUAUAG